AUGUUAUCGACGAACGAGAGCGACGACUGGGAACUGAACGCUUACGAACUCCAGCAAUCACCCGAGGAAGUCGUAGCAGACGAUACGAAGGUGCCACUUCAAGAAGACAGCUUCUGGCGGGAUCUGCGGUGCCCCAUCUGUCUGGACAUUCUCAGGAACACUGUCGCGACUGUGGAGUGCCCCCACCGAUUCUGCAAGAAGUGCAUCACAACGGCACUCACGGGCAACAAGGAGUGCCCCGUUUGCCAGACCAAAGUCACCUCAAAGCGAUCGCUGCGGCGAGACUACAGCCUAGACAGUUUAAUCGCCAGACUCACCUCUAAGGUCUCCAAUGAAUUGGAGUGGAAGCCAUUGUCGGUCCCAGUCUCGCUGGGCACUCAACCUGACGUAGACUUUGAAGGUGAUAUGAAAAGCCAAGUGAGUGAGCCAAUGAUCGUCACUGAAGAGCCUGAUGAUCAAACUGACUUCGGUAAGGAGACUAACGGUGAGGAAAUCACCACGGUGUUCACGAAAAUUGCAGCUUCGACGGUGCGUCACGCAGUUUCUCUCAAAAAGGAAGACCUUCCAUGUUCGUCUUCGACGUUGGCACAGAGCAAGAGACUGCAGAAACAGCAGCCCCCGAACGAGUGUUCCGAGUCACCAGUUAGUACGAAUGACAGCGUCGCUUCGGAAAGUGGCAGCAGUUCGUCUAACUUACGACGCUCUGAGUUGCCGCAGGAUGAAAAGGUUUCCAUCUGCUGCGCCCCUGCUGAAGGUGAGGACUUUGAUACCGCGUUAUCUCGGCCAGCAACUGAUGCUGACAGUGGUUCUGGGUUAAGUGUGCCACCCGCCGAUGUUAACAAUGGAGACGAUGGGCUCACAAACUGUGCAGGGACAUCAAACCGUAGAUCCUGCACGGCGCUAUCUGAUGCACCUCUCCGGACCUACAGCAAACACAAACUAGUAUCGAUGACUUUGAAGCCACACGUCGACAUGCUUCGCGAAGACCCCAGGUCCCCGACAUUUUACUUGAGCGUAUCAGAACAGGCUACAGUCAGUCAUACCAGUGCGUACCUGAAGAAGCGUCUAUCUCUGGAUGGCGCUGGUCAUCACGCCCGGUGCUCUCCUAUGUACUGCUUAUAUGCGGUGAACAUGAUGGGUGAUUUAAUUCUACUACCUUACACGAUGACGUUGAAGGACGUCGAGAGAAGAGUGAAGAGACCUGGUGAACUGCUAGAAAUGUGCUACGCUAAAAACGAGAAUUGA